AUGCCCCCGUUAGAAUCAUCCUCGGAUGAGGAAGAAACAGGGGGGCGGGAAUGUGACAGAACUCCUCUAGCAGAACGGACUCGGAGAGGGCGAAGGGAGAGGGAAAGAAGACGGGGAGGGGGGAGGGAGACAGACGUUUCGCUCUCACCCCCUAGAUUGAUGGCUCCCUUGCGAGAAGCGGUUGGAACAGGCAGGGGAAAAAUCAUGAUAAAAGUUCCUUUUUCGCCUAAUGAUUUACUAAUUUGGAAACAGUCAGCUGGGACAUAUAGAGAAAAUCCUGAGCGGGUGGCUCGUGUUAUAAAAAUGGUUAUAAAAACACAAGACCCGGACUGGAAUGAUUUACAGGUAUUAAUAGAUACAAUUUUAGAUUCAACAGAAAAAGAAAUGGUAUUAAAGGUGAUGGUGGAGAGAGCAAAGGAAAGGAUUCGUACCCUGCCUCGGGCAGCGCGGGGGACGGUAAACGAUUUUGUACCGCGGGAGGAUCCCGAUUGGGACGCUAAUAACCCCGCAGAUUAUAAAAAGUUAAAAAUUUACCAGGAAUUAUUGGUAGAGGGAGUUGUGGAAGACAGAGUCGAAGUGGAAAAGGAAGAAAUACCCCAAGAGGUUGAACAGGCUGUUGUACCCUGGGUGUGGGAGACCGGGGUUCCUGGGAAAUCUAAAGCUGCUACCCCAGUUAGAAUAGAAUUAAAAGAAGGAGCACAACCUGUCAGAGUUAGGCAAUACCCAAUUAGUUUAGAAGCUAGGAAAGGGAUAGCUCCAAUGAUCACACAGUUUUUAAUUUUAGGGAUAUUAAAAGAAUGUGAGUCGGAAUUUAAUACCCCCAUAUUUCCGAUAAAAAAACCAAAUGGUAAGUAUAGGUUAGUGCAAGACUUGUUAACAUCUGUUUCUGAGAAAUUUCAGUGGUUUACAGUUAUUGAUCUAAAGGAUGCCUUCUUCUGCAUACCACUGGCACGGGAAAGUUGGAAAAUCUUUGCCUUUGAAUGGGAGAACCCAGAGACUGGACGAAAGCGACAGCUUACUUGGACUCGAUUACCACAAGGAUUCAAAUGCUCACCCACGAUAUUUGGUAAUCAGUUAGCAAAGGAACUAGAGGAAUGGAAGACUACUCAGGUAAAAGAAUCUCCUUUUUCAUAUAUAAUACUGCAAUAUGUAGAUGACAUUUUCUUAGGAGCUAUAGAACAGGGACUUUGUCGUCAGUUAACUAUUGAACUGUUAAACAUGCUGGGCCAAGCAGGCUACCGAGUCUCAAAAGAAAAAGCACAAUUAGUAAAACGGAAAGUUAUCUAUCUGGGAUGUGAAAUUUCCCAAGGAGUCCGGCGCCUGGGAACAAAUAGAAUUCAAGCAAUAUGUGCUAUACCUGUGCCUAGAAAUAAUCAAGAACUGAGAUCUUUUCUAGGAAUGGUCGGAUGGUGCAGGCUGUGGAUUCCUAACUGCGGACUGACUGCUCGACCACUGUAUGAAGCAGCAAAGGAGUCCAAGCUAACCUGGGGGACAGAGCAAGAAAAAGCAUUCCAGGAACUGAAGAAAGCCCUCCAGGAAGCACCUGCCCUGGGACUACCGGACCCAACCAAGGAAUUUCAGCUCUAUGUUUGUGAGAGACAGCGAAUGGCCUUAGGAGUACUCACUCAGCGGUUAGGAUUCUGGAAGAGACCGGUUGGGUACUUCUCCAAACGGCUAGACGCAGUAAGUGGGGGAUGGCCGGGGUGUCUCAGAGCUGUGGCAGCGACGGUCAUUUUAAUACAGGAAGCACGCAAAUUGACUCUGGGAAAACACAUGAUAGUGUAUGUGCCCCACAUGGUCAUAGCAGUUCUAGAGCAAAAAGGGGGGCAUUGGCUCUCCUCCAGCCGCAUGUUGCAAUACCAGGCUUUGUUGAGAGAACAAGAUGAUGUUGAACUGAAAAUUACUAACCAUCUCAACCCAGCAGAAUUCCUUAGGUCUACACAGGAAGAAGGCACCCUGGAGCAUGACUGUGUAGAGACCAUUGAACAAGUCUACGCGAGCAGAAGAGACUUGAAGGACGAACCACUGACAGGUCCUGACUGGGAGCUGUACACCGACGGAUCUAGUUUUGUGGAAAACGGCACCAGGUACGCUGGGUAUGCAGUAGUCACUUUACAACAAGUGAUAGAAGCGACUGCACUACCCCCAGGUACGUCUGCACAAAAAGCCGAAAUAUGGGCAUUGGUGAGAGCUUUAAUAUUAAGCCAAGGAAGGAGAGUUAACAUAUGGACUGACUCCAAAUAUGCUUUUGGGGUAGUUCAUGUUCACGGAGCACUCUGGAAGGAGAGAGGACUUCUUACUUCUCAGGGGACAACGAUUAAACAUCGGGAAGAAAUUUUACAAUUGCUAGAGGCAAUACAUAAGCCCUCAGCAGUGACAAUAAUGCAUGUCAGAGGACACCAGGCUGAUCCAGGACGAGAGUUUCAGGGAAAUCGAUACGCUGACCAAGCAGCCAGGAGGCCUGCGAGAGAGGUAUGGACUCAAAUGGUUCUUUUACCAACCCGGAAUAAUCCAGCAAUAGCAUUCAUGGAAGAGAAACCGCAUUAUUCACCUGAAGAUGAGAAAUUAGCUGUGAUGAUGGAAGCAAAGAAAAAUAUCAGGGGGUGGUAUAUCACUCCUACGAGACAG